GACGUGGCCAUCGGGAAGGCGCCAGCGGGAUCGCCAGGACCUUCCCCAGAGCAUCCGUGAGCUAGGAAAGCCGCGGUAGCUGCGGGCUGCAGCGGCGCGGGAGUCCGGUGCGAGAGAACCACGGCAGAGAGAAGGACUCCUCGGGACAUCAUGCGGAGUGCCGCCAAGCCCUGGAGUCCAGUCGCCAAAGCAGGCAGCCAUGGUCCUGAUCGCACUCGGCCCCUCCCUGGCACUCCUUCUGGCAUGAAGAGUUCCAAGUCUUCAACCUCACUGGCUUUCGAGUCUCGGCUGAGUAAGCUCAAGAGGGCCAGCAGCGAGGACACACUCAACAAACCUGGAAGUGCCUCUUCAGGGGUGGCGAGACUGAAGAAGACCUCAACCUCCGGAGCCAUCUCUGAGCUCACUGAGAGCCGCCUGAGGAGCAACACAGGGACUAUUCCAACAACUAAACGGACAGGCAUUCCAGCUCCACGGGAGCUCUCAGUAACUAUCUCCAGAGAGAGGUCUGUGCCACGUGGUCCCUCCAGCUCAAAGAAGUUAGGCUCCAGCCCAACUUCUUCCUGCAAUCCCACUCCUACCAAGCAUCUGAGGACCACCCCUGCAAAACCUAAGCAAGAGCAUGAAGGUGCAGAGAAGGCUGUGCUCGAGUCCCAGGUACGAGAACUUCUGGCAGAAGCCAAAACCAAAGACAGUGAAAUCAACAGGCUUCGAAGUGAACUAAAAAAAUGCAAAGAGAGGUGGGCCCUGAGCACUGAGGAUGCCAAUGCUUCAGACCCAAGUGCAGAGGGAACAGCAUCCCCAGAAAGUGAUGCACAGCCUUUGAUAAGAACCCUGGAGGAGAAGAACAAGACCUUUCAGAAAGAGCUUGCUGACCUAGAGGAAGAAAACAGGGCCUUGAAGGAGAAACUGACUUACCUUGAGCAGUCACCAAAUUCAGAAGGGGCAGCAAGUCACACUGGUGACAGCAGCUGCCCAACAUCUAUAACCCACGAGUCCAGUUUUGGAAGCCCAGUUGGAAAUGAGUUGUCUAGUGAAACAGAUGAGUACAGAAGAACCACACAUGGGAGUGCCUUGCGGACAUCAGGGUCUUCAAGCAGUGAUGUCACCAAAGCCUCUCUGUCACCGGACGCCUCAGAUUUUGAGCAUAUCACUGCAGACACCCCGUCUCGGCCCCUGUCAGCCACUAGCAACCCUUUUAAGAGCUCCAAGGGCUCCCCUACUGGGAGCUCCCCAAACAAUGCAAGUGAGCUGUCCUUGGCAUCUCUCACGGAGAAGAUACAGAAGAUGGAGGAGAAUCAGCACAGCACUGCAGAAGAGCUGCAGGCUACUCUGCAGGAAUUAUCAGACCAGCAGCAGAUGGUGCAGGAACUGACAGCCGAGAACGAGAAGCUAGUGGAUGAGAAGACCAUUCUGGAGACCUCCUUCCACCAGCACCGAGAGAGGGCAGAACAGCUGAGUCAGGAAAAUGAGAAGCUGAUCAACCUUUUACAGGAGCGAGUGAAGAAUGAGGAACCCAGUGCCCAGGGAGGGAAGGUCCUUGAGCUGGAGCAGAAGUGCACGGAUAUUCUCGAGAAGAGCCGCUUUGAAAGAGAGAAGCUGCUCAACAUUCAGCAGCAGCUGACCUGUAGCCUACGGAAGGUUGAGGAAGAAAACCAAGGCGCUAUAGACAUGAUUAAGCACCUGAAGGAAGAAAAUGAGAAGCUGAAUGGGUUCCUAGAACAUGAGCGGUGUAAUAAUAGUGUGAUGGCCAAAACUCUGGAGGAAUGUCGAGUUACCUUGGAAGGCUUGAAAAUGGAGAAUGGGUCCUUGAAGGCUCUUUUGGAGGCUGAUAAGCAAAAAGCCAUAGAGGCCAGCAGUACUGUGGGGCAGACAGCAGAGAACUUCGAGGUUCAGGAGAUGCUGAAAGUGGCUCGAGCUGAGAAAGAUCAGUUGCAGCUGUCUUGCACAGAGCUCAGACAAGAAUUGCUAAAGGCAAAUGGUGAAAUUAAACAUGUUUCCAGCCUGCUAGCUAAGAUGGAGAAAGAUUAUUCGUACCUGAAAGAAGUCUGUGAUCAUCAAGCAGAACAGCUGAGCAGAACCAGCCUAAAAUUACAAGAGAAAGCUUCAGAAAGUGACGCAGAAAUCAAAGACAUGAAAGAGACCAUAUUUGAAUUGGAAGACCAGGUGGAGCAGCAUCGCGCCGUCAAGUUACACAAUAACCAGCUCAUCAGUGAGCUGGAAGGCAGUGUGAUCAAGCUGGAGGAGCAGAAGUCAGACCUAGAGCGGCAGUUAAAGACGCUAACAAAACAGAUAAAGGAGGAAACAGAAGAAUGGAGGCGAUUCCAGGCAGACUUACAGACUGCAGUGGUAGUGGCCAACGACAUCAAGUGUGAGGCUCAGCAGGAGCUGCGCACUGUGAAGAGGAGGUUGCUGGAGGAGGAAGAGAAAAAUGCCAGGCUGCAGAAGGAGCUGGGAGACAUACAGGGGCACAGCAGACCUGUGAAUGAAGAGCCAGAGCCCUCAGAGGCCGAUGCUGCUGGCCGGUGGCGUGGAGUCUAUGUCAACAGAACAUCUCCAGCUCCUUCAGACUCUGCAACCACAGUAAAGUCACUGAUCAAAUCAUUUGACUUAGGACACUCAGGUGGAACUGGCCAGAGUAUUUCUGUCCACAAGACUCCCAGAAGCCCCCUGAGUGGAAUCCCAGUGAGGACUGCUCCUGCCGCUGCUGUCUCUCCGAUGCAGAGACAUUCAACAUACAGCAGCAUGAAGCCAGCCAGCAAAGGGACGUCUCAGCGCUUGGAUCUGCCGGACCUUCCCCUCUCUGAUCUGCUGAAGGGAAGGGCCGAGGACCGGAAGUCAGACCCUUACCUCCGAAAGAGUCCCUCACUGGAGUCCCUGAGCAGACCCCCCUCCCUGGGCUUUGGGAACACCAGACUGCUGAGUGCGUCCACCGGGGGUCUGAAGCCAAGCAAGCUCAGUGUUGAAAGAAGAGACCCUCUGGCAGCCCUGGCCCGGGAGUAUGGUGGCUCUAAGCGUAACGCACUCCUGAAAUGGUGUCAGAAGAAGACAGAAGGUUAUGCGAACAUUGAUAUCACCAAUUUCAGCAGCAGCUGGAGUGAUGGGCUGGCCCUCUGUGCUCUGCUGCACACCUACCUGCCUGCCCACAUCCCAUACCAGGAAUUGAACAGUCAGGAGAAAAAAAGGAAUCUCCUGUUGGCAUUUGAAGCCGCGCAGAGUGUAGGCAUCAACCCCAGCCUGGAGCUCAGUGAGAUGCUGUACACGGACCGGCCUGACUGGCAGAGCGUGAUGCAGUAUGUGGCCCAGAUCUACAAGUACUUUGAGACAUAAACAGACCCACUGGCUGCUGCUUGACCUCAAGUUAGUCCUGGACGCGCCUGCUCACCGUCCAUCACACCUGCUAUGCCCACCACCUCACCACCUGGAUUUCCAAGGAAAGCUCAAGCCAAGUGGGCCAGCACUCCAUCGAGAGGCAGAGCUGCCUCUUCCAUGCCCCACCAUGCGGACCAGAGGCAACAUGCCUGGAGCCUAUGUUCAGCAACCCUUGCUCCCAGUGGGGAGUUUCUAGAGAGGCAGCCCCACUCCUCACACGCUGGGUCCCCAAACCCAGGCCCUCUUCUGUGAGAUUCCACAAUGGGAAGUUUCUAGAGAGGCAGCCCACUCCUCACAUGCUGGGUCCCCAAUCCCAGGCCCUCUUCUGUGAGAUUCCAGUGUUGCCAGUCCCUUGUGCAGCCCACACGUGCUCUACGUGCUGACACCAGCCCUUCACUCUCCAUGUCUCUUCUCCUUCCCCCCUUCACUAACACUGCUCUGGCCUUGCUUCAGUCAAAACUCUGUCCUUAGCAACUACCUGCCCCAAAAUAAAGCAGCACCCCACAGAACAGAAAAACAAACGCAGCUUUUGCCUCUUAGCCACCUAGCAGCACACUGACUAGGGAAAUAGUUUGCUCAGCUCUGUGUAACUGAGGACUUAAUUACACUGCAUAGGUCUCACUGUCCCCAUUUGAUUCCUCGAGUGUGCAAAGGAGCCUUUGGUGCCUUGCUGAUGGUCCACGGGAGGCCAGCUGGCGUGCACAUGAACCACACAGCCUGAGUACAGGUCUGGUGUCUUGGCUAAUGGAACCAUGACCGUUGUCCACAUCACCUUCUGCCCUGCUAUUUAUUUACAGUCCCAUUCACACACACAUCUGCCUAAUAUGUGGGACUCAACAGAAGUCCCUGACGCGUGUGAAGCAGCCUGUGCUGGUGAGCUCCUUGCACAUUUGAACAGUCCAACAGGGUGGGAAGGCAGAAAUAGAAACUGCGUUUUAGUUCCAGACAGAGUUGGUUCUUAGCACUUGUUGGACCUUUUACAUUUGCCUAAUGAUAAAAGCUAUGAGAACAGUCACACUUUCCCCUGAUAUCCUGCUGCUUCUCUGAGAAACAGCGCCCCUUCUUCCCCUCCCCCCUCCCCCCUCCCACCCCCACCCCUGAGUACUCGGGCUCAUUGGCUCUAGAGUCUAGGAGCUCCUUGCUACUUUUCUCCGUCAAAUAAAUGUGCACUUCAUAGCAAAUGAGGAUGCCCCUUUCUCAGACAGUUGGGUGUGCACAAACACCCAUUAUUGUUCUAAGUGCCAAAUAGCCCUGUGCUGGUCCUUUGAGAAAGGACCAUGUCCACAGCAACCCCUGAGAAUAACCACCAUAGUUCUAGUGAAUCUCUGCCUGCUUAUCUGAGCCACCCUGCUGGCCCGGUCUGUAUCCUUGGAGGACCUGAGUUCUGUCCCUCCCUCCAGUCCAUCCCUCUGAUGGGUGGCAGCUGGGUGCAGCAGCGCUGAUUCUCAAACUGUUGUAGCCUCUUGGGGCCACAGGCUCCACCUUCAGGCUCUAUCUGUAGUUCUUGGCUGUGGCUCCAUCCAGUUCCCCUGGGACUCCUAGCAACUGCAUGCCUGACCCUCCAAUCAGGUGAGUCAGAAUAACUGGAACCUAGCAAAGAUGGAGUCUGCAGAUUCUCACAGUUCUCCAGAACUGGUGGACAGCCAUGCAGAGGGGCAAGACACUCCCCCGCCCCCGCAGCCCCCUGUGCUCCCCACAGGAGCUCCUGAGCAGUAGUCAGCUGUGAAAUGGGCCCCUUCAUCUCCAGGUGGAAGUCUAGGGCUCAGAACCUCCUUUCUGAUGAAUGUGUUGCUCAGAAAGCUAGGACUUGUGCUGCGUCAGCACUGGCUGUGUUGAUGUCAUUGAGGACAGCCCUCACUGUCUCUGGACUUCUGCUCUGCCCAGCGGGGAGAGGGAAGUGCUGUCCCACACAUCUAGGUCCUGGUUCCCCACGGGUGAUCUCCAGCUAUGUAGGGGAGGCCACAGUUAAGGCUUGUAGUUCAGUCUGUCUCUGGCUCUUGUCAGGGUGCUGUCUAGACAUUUAGGAGCUCUCAGCAGAGCAGGCUCCAUGCCAGUCACUGAACACCUUACAGUUCCUUGUAAGUGUAGGCACUUUGGGGCCCAGCCUCCCUGUGAUUGGAAUCCAGUUUGCCUAAGACUGGCCAGCCACAUGUUCUUGUCUUUAUUUUCCUUUGACUUUCUCCUGAUUACUACACUUCUUGCCAGGGAUGUAGAAGAGAAAUGAGAUCAUUCCCAGUAGAAACAGGUACUGCUGGUGAUGGGGGUGAGGCAGAGGGCAGGCAGAUAGCACUCUGCUCUGGCGCUCUGACAUGGUACCACACUGCUGCAUGUGGAGGUUCAGGGUCUGGGAAGAGCUCCAGGGUACAAAAGGGAAUAUGGAAAACUGACCAGCUAAGAAUACCAGCACAGCCGGUGCCUUACAUUUUCUCCGGUUUUAUUGGGGUGUUUGGGGGUGGGUUUGUUUGUUUAUUUGUUUGCUUUGCGUUGGGGAUUUUAUGAAACAGAAUCUCAUGGCUGGUCUUGAAUGCCUGAUCUUCCUGCCUCUGCCUCCCAGGUGCUGAGAUUAGACACCAUGCCCGGCUUUGGUACUUUGUGGUUUUGCUGUGGUUUUGUUUGUCUUGUGCUUCUUUACUAACUAUCAUUUGGAGGUUGUCAAAAGCCUCCAUGGCCGUGUGUUUCCCCUCUGCCCUCAGCUAAGCACAAGAGAGACCUGCAGAAUGCAAGACCUUGAGAAGUUAAACCAUGUGGGGAAGCCCGUGGUUUUCUGUGCUGAGUGGUGUCUGAGCUGAUGACAGGUGACAGUGCUGAGGCCACACCGACAGGGACAGGGUCCGAGGAACGGCCCUCUCCUCAGUCCCUUCUCACUUUAGCAUCCGAGUUUGUCCUUAGUUCUCAUUCUUCAUCCAGUUGCUCCUCAGCUUUUGUAGGGCAUCCAGAAUUCAAGCCAUGGCUGGGAGAGAGAAAGCCAUGUCCUGCCAAGCACGGUGCCCCUGCCUAUGACUUCAGCUAUUCUGGAGAUGGAAGCAGGAGAGUCAGCUGAGCCUGGGGAUUUGGUACUAGUCUGGCAAAAGAGACCCUGAGAGGGAGUGGGGCUGUCCCAAAGCAAUCGGCCUUCUAGCAGUAAUGACUAUCUGGAGUAUUCUCUUCCCAUCUCCCACGAGCACCAGACACAUGCCAGUCUCACUGGCCAGUAGAAAUGGAGAACUGAGACCCUUAGAGACAAACCCACUCACCAAAUCUAGCAGUUUCUAAGUAUCCCAGUUAGAGAUGCACCACUACCAACACAAAUGAAAGCGGGAACCACCAGCCAUCUGAAGAGAAGUGUUCCCAGCACCCACUUACGGCCCUGGACAUCUAGCCCUCUGAUUGAGGUUGGAGUUCUGGGACACCCUGAGUAGCUCACUGACUAUCACUACAUUAGUUGAAUGCACUUGAUACAUUGUGGCCUCCUUUCUGUCAAGAGCACACUAGAUAGCACCAAGCACUGCCCAAGUGUGACAUACUAUUCGAGGUGAACAGAGCUCAUAAUGGAAGUGUAAGGUGUGCCGCUGUGUAAUAUUUCUAAUAAAUAUAUUUUGUUUCUGCCUCAGUUCUUUC